AGCGGUGUCGUGUUCAGCUCCAGAGACAGUAUUCACUCUUCAUAUUAGUUGUAGGUUAUAUCUAUCUUUAUAUUUAUCCAUGUUUCCAUCUUGUUAUUCCAAACCGUCAGGAAAUGGCGGGAAGAAGAGCUCGUGGGCUAAGCUUUUGCUCGGUGUAUUCAUUGUGUACAUGCUGCACACCGCAUGGCUGCUCUAUAGUUUCCUCAACAACAAGCCCUGCGACGGAGGAGAGCACUGCAUCAGCUCCUACCUGACUGCAAGACCCAGGUUACAGCUGAGUGUAUUCACUUGUCUCAUACCAGACAACAGUCAGCUUAAUCUAGCUCUUAAAAUUGACCCAUUUAAUCCACAAUCUUUAUUUGAAAGACAGGUUGCUGUAUCAGUGCCAGAGGAAACCCGGGCUAAUGGUAGCUUGUAUGCUGUGGUGUAUGUGCACAAAUCUGGAGUUUCCCCCUUAGAAGACAAUAAAGAAGUCCACUACUCAGCCAAGCUCACCACCUACUUUACUGCAGCAGGAUCAGAGGAAGACAAGAGGAGGACAUCACAUAAACCAAAGUCUGUAUCGCACUGGAGACCCCAUCUGUCCAUUAUAAUGAUGUCUGAAAGUUUCUCGUUCAAUAAAGGAGGUGUUCCCAGUGAUGUGCGUCGCUUCAUGAGAGUCUCUAAGAAUGAAAGACAGGUCACUUACCUUCCUCUUCUACUGGUGAAUGAGCUCAGCUUCAGAGUCAGAGACCUCAUGGAAAUUAAUCGCAGCUCAGUGCAGCUCCCUCUCACUGUGUCUUAUGAGGGCAUUUCUUUGAGGAGAUUCAGGUUUUUGGUGCAAUUACAAGACAUGAUUUAUUCUCUUCGACAAUUUGGCUUUACAGAAGAAAACAUUGAUGAAAUUAAAGAAACACUUGUAGGGUCAAACUUCUACCUGUUAGUGCUGACUGCAUUUAUCACAUCUCUACAGCUUGUAUGUGAAUUUUUAGCUCUUAAAAAUGACAUAAGCUCAUGGAGGGGGAAGAGCAGCAUGGCAGGGGUGUCCAGAAAGACUGCUCUGUGGCGCAGUCUCAGUACAUUGCUGAUAUUUAUGCACCUGCUUGAGGAGACCAGCCUCCUGGUGCUGGUCCCCAUUGGUCUGGGAGCAUUUGUAGAGGUGUGGAAGGUUUUCAAAGUUUAUAAAAUCAAACUGCAGUGGAAAGGUUUAACUGUAAACAAAAUGGACGAUGAAGAAAAGAAAACAGUGGAGUAUGAUACACAGGUUUCCAGAUAUUUGUCCUACUUGGUCUAUCCUCUGUGUAUCAGUGGAGCUAUUUUCUCACUGGCCUACUUACGACAGAAGUGUUACUUUUCCUGGUUGCUUAACACACUGGUGACUGGUGUGUAUGCGCUGUGCUUCUUGUCCAUGGCUCCACAGCUCUUCAUCAAUCACAAGCUGAAGUCUGUGAGCCACCUGCAGGGGGCAGUGUUGGUGUACAGAGGGUUCAAUACGCUUAUAUCAGACCUGUGUUACGCCGUCUCCUUUUACAACCCUUCGCUCUCCCUCACUUCCUCUCACCAACUCUGCUGCUUCAGAGAUGAGGUUUUCCUUCUGCUUUAUCUCUACCAACGCAGGAAAUAUGGCUUAAAAUCUAGAAGACGAGACUCUGGGGCACACAGCAAGAAACUGAAGACUCAGUGAGGUCAAAAUUACAGACAGGAAAUUAAUCCAAUGAAAGUAAUUUAAAACGCAACAACUAUUUAGAAUUACUUCAUUUAUCAUUUCACAUUUCCAGCUUUAUUUAUGAAAGAAAUCCACUAUAUAAUUAUUACUGCUUGGUUUACAUCAAGGCAGAUAUGGCAAAAUAUGUUGUAAUAUUCUUUACUGUCAUUAUUAUGGUGACCACCUCAAAUAGUAGAAAAAUAGGGACAAGCUGUUGAAUGUGCUGGGACAUGGAAGAAUGGACUUUGGGCUCUUUAUCUGCAAUAACACUAUAUGAUUUUCAAUUUGUAUCUACUGAAAGAGGGAGAGAUUGGUUUUAAUAGCAAUAGCCAACAUAUUACAACCCUAAAAGCCAGUACUCCCAAAAGUUUAGAUUUAUUGUAUGUAUGUAAAUCUCAUUUUUAUUAUAAUUCAUGUGACAUUAAUGGAAAAAUUGAGACAUGAAGUGAGAUGAGGGACAGGGGCCUAAAUGGCUGUGCAGGACAACCAAAAGAGUGGCAGGUGGUCACCCAAUCAUUACAUUUUUAUCACUAUCAUGGACUGAAUCAUAUGGUUUGCUUUGUACAAAAAAAUGCAUGUGAAGAAAAACAUCUGCAGUUCAUGGACAGAUACAAACUAGAACUGAAAUAUGUAAAUAAUUUCAACUGUUGCAUUUGUUCUUUCAGAGUGGUUUAAGUUUAUGACAAAAAAAAUAAAAGCUCCUUACAGCGUG